UGAGGGAUAUAUUGUGAAUGAGCAUGUGGUAGAUCAGAGACGCUGAAGGACAGACAGACAUAAUGCAUGUGUGCUCCGUGUGGCUGCUGGCUACUGUUUUGGUCUUCUCAGCCCUUCAAACUCUCUGUGACCCCCUUUACGUUCUGUCAGCUCCGAACCUGAUGCGGGUGGGAGCACCUGAGAAAGUGUUUGUGGAGGCGCAGGACUAUUCUGGAGCCAAUCUGAAUGUGAAAAUAUCAAUGAGAAGUGCGAAAGGGAACGGCGGUGAACUGACCAGCGAGUCAGUGACACUGACAUCAGACAAAAACUACCAGAGUCUGGUGGAGAUCGAGGUGCCAGCUAAGGCGUACACCUUUCAGAAAGGCGUCCAGCAGUAUGCCGUCCUGCAAGCUCACUUUCCUCAGAAGCUGUUGGAGAAGCAGGUGCUGCUGACCUUUCAGACAGGACACAUAUUCAUACAGACCGAUAAAACCAUCUACACUCCAGACAGCACGGUGUAUUACAGGGUUUUCUCACUCAGUCCAGGAAUGUCACAGGCUGUUGAAAGUGGAGUCCGUGUGGAGAUCUUGACACCUGACGGCAUCAGUCUUCAGAGUAAAUCUGUGUAUCCUGAUGGAGGGAUGACCUCGGGAACCUUCAGUGUCACUGAUCCUGCGAGUCCAGGGAUGUGGAAGCUUGUGGCGUGGCACCAGGGCAGCCCUCAGCAGAACUUCUCCAGCGAGUUUGAGGUGAAAGAAUAUGUCCUGCCCAGCUUUGAGGUCUCACUGACACCACGCAAAGCCUUCUUCCACAUCAAUGAUGAUAGCCUGUCUGUCGAUAUUGAAUCCAAGUAUUUGUUUGGGAAGAAAGUCAAUGGUCAUGCGUUUGUUGUGUUUGGUGUGAUAACAGAAGAUAAAGGGAAGAUCAGUCUUCCAGGAUCUCUACAGAGAGUGAUGAUCUGGGAUGGAAGUGGAAGAGCAGAGCUGAAGAGGAAACACAUAUUGGAGACCUUUCCAAAGAUAAAUCAGAUUGUCGGUCAUUCGCUGUUUGUUAGCGUCAGUGUUUUAACAGAGACUGGCAGUGAAAUGGUGGAAGCACAGAAGAGAGGCAUUCAGAUUGUGAAGUCACCCUACACAAUCCACUUCAAGAGAACACCUCGAUUCUUCAAACCUGGAAUGCCCUUUGACAUCUUGAUUUACGUGACAAAUCCCGACCAGACUCCUGCUGUGAAAGUUCAAGUGGAGGUCAACCCUGGAGGAGUCAGAGGUCAAACAAAAGCCAAUGGCAUUGCGAAGGUCACCAUCAACACACCUGGAGGAGCUUCUACACUGGACAUCACCGUAAAGACUAUAGAUCCACAAUUACAAAGUGAACAGCAGGCGGUGAGGAAGAUGACGGCUCUCGCCUACAAACCCAAAGCCGGCUCAAACAACUACCUGCACGUAGGCAUCGAUGCGGCAGAGCUUGAGAUGGGUGAUCAGAUGAAGGUCGAUUUGAACACAGGAAAGAGUCCAGGAGUCAGAGAUCAAGAUAACACGUACAUGAUCUUAAGCAAAGGUCAAAUUCUUCAAGUGGGCAGAUAUAAGAGAAAAGGACAGUCCCUCGUGUCUCUGUCUCUACCUGUGACCAAGGACAUGGUGCCGUCUUUCCGCUUUGUGGCUUAUUAUCACGUGGGCUCAAAUGAGGUGGUUUCUGACUCCGUCUGGGUUGAUGUGAAGGACACGUGCAUGGGAUCGCUUAAAGUGGAAGUUCGUGAUCCGUUAAACAUCUAUUCACCCGGCGAGAAGUUCGGCCUGAAAUUAACAGGAGAUCCGGGAGCCAAAGUUGGGCUGGUGGCCGUGGAUAAAGGCGUCUAUGUCCUUAACAACAACAGACUCACCCAGUCAAAGAUCUGGGACGUCGUUGAGAAACAGGACACUGGCUGCACGGCCGGAAGCGGGAGAGAGGGCAUGCAGGUUUUCAGCGAUGCCGGCUUGUUGUUCGAGUCUAGCACUGCGGGAGGAACUGGCGUCAGAACAAAUUCUAACUGUCCUGCCCCAUCGGUGAGAAGAAAACGAGAAUACAACAUAAUGGAGUUGAUUCAUACUUUAGGGAACGAGUACUCUGGUCUCAAUAGAGAAUGUUGUAUGGAUGGAAUGCGUCCGAUAGAUGGUUAUUCCUGCCUUUAUCGGUCGAACUUCAUUGUGGAUGGACAAGAGUGCAAACAGGCCUUCCUGCACUGUUGCAAUAAAAUAAACCAUCAAGCGACCGAAGCUGAGGCUGAGCUUACUCUAGCACGCAGUGAGAUGGAAGAGUUUGUAAACUCGGAUAGCAUCGUCACUCGAACCCUCUUUCCUGAAAGUUGGCUUUGGGAGGAGGUGACUCUGCCUAAAUGCCCUUCACUGAACCCCAACUGUCGAAUAACAUCAGUAUCCAGAAAUGGCCUCAGGCUGAAAGACUCAAUCACCACCUGGGAAAUCACAGCCAUCAGCCUGUCUAAGACUAACGGCAUCUGCAUGGCGGACGUUCGUGAGAUGAUGGUGAUGAAGGAAUUUUUUGUUGAUCUAAAGAUUCCUUACUCAGCCGUGCGCAACGAGCAGAUUGAAAUCAAGGCCGUUAUUCACAACUUGUACACCAGAGCCGUAAAGGUACGUGUAGAACUGAAGGAAACUGAGGACGUCUGCAGCUUAGCCAGAAAUAAGGGCAGGUACCAGACCACAGUGUCAGUUGAUGCUAAAUCCUCUCGUUCUGUACCUUUUGUCAUCAUCCCGCUGGCAUUUGGUCGUCAUAGCAUCGAAGUGAAGGCCGCCGUGGCAGGACGCGGGGGCGACGGCAUGAAGAAAGAUCUUCUCGUGGUGUCUGAAGGUGUUUUGACAAAGCUUGGGGAAAAUCUGAGACUGAGUCCUUCCAAGAAGGGUGGUCAACAUGCCCAAGUGAUAAAGAGUCUUAUACUGAAGGACCAAGCGCCAAACACUCCUGCCAUCACGUACAUCACUGGCACAGGAGAUCCCAUCAGUAUAACCAUCGAGAAAGCCAUCAGCGGUGCAACCAUGGGAUCUCUGGUUGUCCAGCCCGGAGGAUGCGGAGAGCAGAACAUGAUUGGACUGACGAUGCCCGUCAUUGCCACACAUUACCUGGACCGAACCAAUCAGUGGCACACAGUGCGCGCUGGACUCAGACAAACAGCUCUCACGUAUAUCACCAGAGGUUACAAUCAACAGCUGGCGUAUCGUAAAGGUGACGGAUCCUACGGCGCAUGGAUCACUCAUCCAAGUAGCACUUGGCUGACGGCGUACGUUGCUAAAUUAUUUGCAAUGGCAAGUGACGUGGUGCACAUAGACCAGAAUGUCAUCUGCAGCGCCCUCAGGUGGCUGAUAUUGAACAAGCAGCUGCCCGGUGGGGUUUUCGUAGAACACGCACCUGUUAUUCAUGGGGAGAUGAUUGGAAAUGUCCGAGGAAAAGACACUCAAUCCUCCAUGACGGCAUUUGUGCUUAUCGCUCUGCAGGAGGGGCGGAGCAUCUGCUCUGUUAGAGUUCCUAGUCUGGAAAACAGCAUUCUCAAAGCCACCACCUACCUGAAUUCUCAAUUACACAGUCUGACCAAUCCAUAUGCCGUCGCCAUGGUAUCCUAUGCUCUGGCCAAUCAAAAAUCGCUCAACAAACAAAUCCUGUUAAGAAAAGCCUCAGCAGACGGGAGUCACUGGUCUGUGCCUGGGAGCAUUUAUUUCAGUCUGGAGGCCACGGCGUAUGCGCUUCUCGCUUUCGUCAAAGCCAAAGACUUCCAGAGAGCGGCUCCCAUCGUGACUUGGUUGAACAACCAGAGGAAGUACAGCGGAGGAUACGGCACCACUCAGGCCACCAUCAUGGUAUUCCAGGCUGUGGCUGAGUACAGGAUUCAGGUUAAAGACGUCAAACUUUUAGACAUGGAGGUGGCCAUACAAGUCGCAGGCAGUCAGCAGCCAGUUGUCUGGAAAUUCAACCAAGAUAACGGUCAUCUCACACAAACAGAGAAGAUCCCGUCUAAUAGAGAGAUCACCAUCAUUGCCAAGGGCUCUGGAGAGGCUUCUGUUACCGUUGUGACUGAGUAUUAUGCCAAAGCUAAAGACAGAAACACAGACUGCAAGAACUUUGAGCUCGAACUGACGUUUGAAAAGGAGAAUCGAGUCACUUAUUCGGGUGCGAGUGAAAGUUAUAAACUCACCAUCAACACCAGGUAUCUGUCUGCUGAGAGAGACGCCACCAUGUCUAUACUCGACGUGUCCUUACUGACCGGCUUUGUUGUGGAUGAGAACGAUCUAAAGGCGCUAUCGACCGGACACGGCAGACUUAUUCAGAAGUUUGAGAUGAACAAGCAGCUGUCAGAUCGAGGAUCUCUCAUCAUCUAUCUGGACAGGAUUUCUCACGAAUGGAAAGACAAAGUUACAUUCAAAAUACACAAGGUUAUGGAAACGGGAUUCCUUCAGCCAGCUGCUGUCACUGUUUAUGAAUAUUACUCUAUGGAAAAUCGUUGUUUGAAAUUUUACCAUCCGACCAGAAAACAAGGAGCUCUUAAGAAAAUCUGCCAUAAGGACGUCUGUCAGUGUGCGGAAGAUAACUGCAGUCUUCAAAGAAAAGAAAAAAUCGAUGAGGCUCGGCGUAAUAAAAAAGCGUGCGAAGCCUCAAUAGAUUACGUUUUUAAAGCUGUUCUUCUGAAUGAAGAUGAGGACGUAUCAACUGUUUAUUACAGGAUGAGGAUUGAGACGUCCCUUAAAAAUGGUCCAGAAAAAAAUGUGGUGGGACAUCAGCGUACUUUCACCGUACAGCUCUCCUGUAAAGAAGCUCUGGAUUUAAAGAAGGGCGCCAGCUAUCUGAUCAUGGGCCACGCUGAAGACGUACAGCUGGAUGGUGGAAAAGGUCAGUACGCUCUGGGUGAGAGGACCUGGUUGGAACACUGGCCCAGCAAGGACCAGAGCAAAACCAGCGCUGCACUCAAAGAGAAAUAUAACGGCAUGUUGAGUCUCCAGCAUGACCUGCUGUUUGGCUGUCCAAAGCCAUAAAACACCUCUAAUUUCAGACCGCUACUUAGUGCUUAACAGUAAAAAAAGAUGAAUACAGAUACUAUACACAUCUAACUGUUCUUUUUUUAUCUAUAGCAGCGUUGCUUCAGCUAAAAAGCAGAUGAUUUGCGUGACACAUUUUCAACUGGUCAAGUUGUGAAGUGUACUAAAAUGACACGAUUUUCCAUGUUAGAGCAAAUUUACAAAAUAAAAACGUAUGGCAAAAUCAAAAUCUGAAUUGCCGAGGAUUUUUUUCAACCCAAAAACAGCAACAAGACCUAUAAUGAUAAAAGACAAUUCCAGCCAAAACCUGAAAAAUUAUCUCUCAGAGAACCAAUUUUACUGAAUCAUCUGUUAACCCCUGUUGAUAACAUCAGAAUAAUAUCAGUCAAUGCAUAAGUUUUCUUUAAAACAUACAUACAAACAAAAACUGUAUGGAUGUUACAAAAAUGGCACAGUUUUUAAGAGACAACAUACUGUGUAGAAUUUCUGUGAAUUAAAAGGUAAAAACUAGAAGAAAUAAAACCCCACAAAUGGAAAAGGGAUGCCUCUUCACAAACAACAAAAUAAUUCCUAUUUUAUUUUUCUUGUGGACAUUUAUGGAUGUGACAAUUCUGAAGCAACACUUUCCUGACAAUGAAAAAUCAUGCUUAAGAAAUACAAAAAAAAACACUUUCAAAACUUGUGGUCCUCACAUGGGUAUUUACACCACCAAACAACUGAUCCAUCAGUAUACAGUGGUGGAACCAGGGUAUUUUCAUGGGGUGGCCGGGUAGGGGCCAGCAGUUACUUUGGGGUGGUACAGAAAAUAUCAUCAUGCAUGUAUUGUAAGGUUGGAUGAUUGCCAAACAUGAAAUUUUUCCAACCUUAAAACACUUUAAAAGUACUCUACAGAUGCCCAAAUCACAAUGAUGUAUCAUAUGCGAUUGCUACAAAAUUUCAAUUUUAAUAAAAAAAAUCAAAAGUCACCCUUUUGUUGUUCAAACCUGUUUGAUUAAAUAAAACUUAUGACAUUCAUUUGAUGCUAAAAUUCAUAGCUCUCAUUUCUAGGGGGAAAACGAGCAGAAAAUAACCGACCUCGGAGCGCUAUUAAGGAAAGCGUAUCCCAUCAUGGAUCGUGUUCUGGAUAUGACUCAUGAGACUAUUUGCU